AUGGGUGGCGGUCGGCAUUUGACAUCUCUCCGCAUGCGAUCAUGUCUGUACACAUUGCGCCAGCACCGGCCUUAUAGCAAUGGCUUCAGGUCAGGUCGGCGCAUCCUCAGCUGUCACCAUGACCUGAGCAACCCGACGGCACUCUUGCACCAAACACCCAAGCCGAUUGCACAAAACUUCCUACUUUUCAAUGUUUCCAGACGAUAUGCGAGCUCCACGAAAGCAGCCGUGAGCGAUCUCGAGCGCCGAAUAGCCGACAUACCCAUCUCUCGCUUUCGGAAUUUUUGCAUCGUCGCACACAUUGACCAUGGCAAAUCCACCCUCAGUGAUCGGCUCCUCGAGAUCACAGGCACCAUUUCGUCUUCCUCGUCAAAUAAGCAGAUCCUCGAUACCCUCGAGGUCGAGCGCGAGCGCGGCAUCACCGUCAAGGCGCAGACAUGUACCAUGAUAUACAACUACAAAGGCGAAGAUUACCUCCUGCAUUUGGUGGAUACCCCUGGGCACGUCGACUUUCGCGCCGAGGUGACCAGAUCGUAUGCAAGCUGCGGCGGCGCACUCCUGCUCGUCGAUGCCAGCCAAGGUGUACAAGCUCAAACGGUUGCCAACUUUUAUCUCGCAUUCGCCGAGGGGCUAAAGAUCGUUCCCGUCGUCAACAAGAUCGACAUGAAUGCAGCCGAUGUGCCGCGAGUGCUGGAGCAGCUUCAGACCACGUUUGAGUUGGACUCGUCUAAGGCCAUUGGGGUCAGCGCCAAGACUGGCCUCAAUGUGAAGCAGCUUUUGCCAGCGAUUGUUGAAAACGUGCCGGCGCCCGAGGGAGACGAGAAGAAACCCCUGAGAAUGUUGCUGGUUGAUUCAUGGUACGACAGCUUUCGUGGCGUCAUCUGCCUUGUCCGCAUUUUCGACGGAACCGUCAGACCGGGAGACAAUCUAGUCAGCUUUGCGACCGGGGGCAAGUAUACUGUUGGAGAGGUUGGCAUUAGAUACCCAACUCAGACGCCACAGACGGUGCUGAGAGCAGGCCAGGUUGGAUACAUAUUCUUCAAUCCUGGUAUGAAGAGGAUUCAAGAUGCAAAGAUUGGAGACACGUUCACCACUGCUGGUUCGGAAGACGUUGUUGAGCCGUAUCCUGGAUUCGAGGAGCCCAAACCAAUGGUUUUUGUUGCAGCCUUCCCGACUGAUCCAACCGACUACCAGCGUCUAGCCGACGACAUUGGACAGUUGGUUCUCAACGACCGUAGCGUCACUCUCAUGAAAGACCAUUCGGAAGCUCUAGGAGCCGGCUGGCGGCUGGGCUUCCUGGGCAGCUUGCACUGUUCUGUGUUCCAAGACCGCCUUCGCCAGGAACACGGGCAGAACAUCAUCAUCACUGAACCUGCCGUUCAGUCCAAGGUUGUCUGGCCUGAUGGAACUGAGAGCAUCAUUCAGAAUCCCAGUGAUUUUCCGGAGCCAGAGAACAGCAAAUUACGAGGAGCAAGAUAUUACGAACCCUACGUCCUUGCGACCAUGACUUUACCCGAGGAGUAUCUUGGCCGCGCUAUCGAACUUUGCGAGGCCAACCGGGGAGAGCAGGAGAGUAUCGAAUUCUUCCAUGGAUCACAGGUCAUCUUGAAGUAUCGGAUACCGACAGCGCAACUGGUAGAUGAUCUGUUUGGCAAGCUCAAGGGUGCAACCAAAGGUUAUGCGACAUUGGACUAUGAAGAUGCAGGAUGGAAGCAAUCCCACCUUGUGAAGCUACAACUGCUCGUCAAUAAGGAACCCGUCGACGUUCUAAGCCGUGUGGUGCACUCCUCUCAGGUUGACCGACUGGGAAGGCACUGGGUCACCAAAUUCAAGGAGCACGUACAACGGCAAAUGUUCGAGGUUGUCAUCCAAGCUGCCGUGGGAAAGAAGAUCAUUGCCCGAGAGACUUUGAAACCAUUUAGAAAAGAUGUACUGGCAAAGCUUCACGCCAGUGACAUCACAAGAAGGAAGAAACUCUUGGAAAAGCAGAAAGCUGGUCGUAAGCGUUUGCGAGCAGUAGGAAAUGUUGUCAUUGAACAGGAGGCUUUCCAACGAUUCCUCACCAAAUAG